AUGGCUCAGGGUUCUGACAGCAAACACCAGUCCAAACGGGGGGCAGCAUCAGGUGCCAUCAGCUUGUCGGAGGUGAUUGAGAAUUGGGAGGCCUUUGUGACGGAUCUGCAGCUGAAGCCAUUGGAACGGAAGCGAGUAGAGAAAGACGUUGCAAGUGCGAGCAGCAACCUGCACUUUCAUCACCGGUUGUCGCAAGAAGUCACUGAUUGGCUUCAGGAGCUACACUUGAGCCACUACACCACGCCGCUGUUGCAGUGGUGUAAGGAGAAUGGCGCCUCCACCAUGGCUGAGCUCUGGCUCAGUUGGGAGAUCUUCGCGGAUCAGUUGCAGCUGAAACCCUUCGAGCGGAAACGCAUGGAGCGGGACGUUGCAUCAAGGCCCACAGGGCCCACAGCAUCACCUGUCGCUUCAAGGCCGGCGGCGCCGGUCGCGGAUCGGGUGUUUGGACCCCCGGAGGAUCCGCGGAUGUAUCAGCUGAUUGAAGAGAUUGGCUUCGGGGUGACCUCAAAAGUCUGGAAGUGUUGCCGGGGGAAGGACAUCUAUGCGGUGAAGGUCAUUAGCCUGAAACGCUUGCGACACCAACCGGGCUUCACGCGGAUGAACGACAGGCUGCACCAAGAGAUUGAGAUCCUUCUCUCUUUGAAGCACGAGCACAUUGUGAAGCUGGUGGACGUGGUGGAAGAAGAAGACUGUCUUUACCUCGUGAUGGAGCUCAUCAGUGGAGGUGAACUGGGGGAAUGGAUUGUGAAGAAGGGCGUUUUCGAUGAGCUUUCGGCACGUCAUGUCUUCAUGCAGAUUGCACAAGGGUUGGCAUACAUCCACAGCAAGGGUAUCAUCCAUCGGGACCUGAAACCCGACAAUAUUCUGGUAGACAAGUUGUCCGUAAAGCUUUCGGACUUUGGGCACUCGCGGCUGAUGAACGACGGCUCGAGCGUUCCUGGUUUGCAACGGCGCCUCACGGCACGCAUCGGCACUGCCAUGUAUUGGGCGCCCGAGGUCUCAGAUCCCACCCGUGCGGCCCUGGGCUACGAUCAAUCCGCAGACCUUUGGAGCUUGGGCGUUGUGCUGUAUGUGAUGUUGAUUGGUUUCUUCCCCUUCGAGAAUGGGGAUCACCUGGGAGAUCGGCUACAGGAGGAUGUGAACAACCUCACUUUCAAACCCCGCUCCUCGGGGCCAGAAUUGAGUCCAGAUGUGCAGGAUUUGCUCCGAUCAUUGCUGGUCAUUGAUCCGCAGAAGCGGUUGCCCUUGACGCAAUGCCUUGGUCAUCGUUGGACCUCGGGACAGCUCGACAGCAGGCUGGAAUACAUGAAGCUGUCCACAGACCCGAACCCCAGCGCUGUAGAAGUUCGAGUUCCGCUGAUUGUGAAGCCUGAGGCUGAGGCAUUGCAGUUGCUGCGGGUGGAUCUUCAGAAGUGGAUGUACAAAUUUCGUCGCUUCGCGGCCAUGCGGCACGGGGAGGUCAUCGCCAAUCUGGGCGAAUCCUCGCAGGCGGACUUGCCCGAGAGUAAGGCGGCGCGGCGCGAGCUGCAAGCCAUCGUGGAACGCCACUGCGGGCGAGGGAUGAUCGUGGUGAACGACCAGAAGAUGUGGACCGCCAUCGCUGAGUCGAAGAACGAGACCUUGCAGUGCCCAGUGACAGUGUCAGCCCCGGCCAGAGCAGAGCUGCCUGUUGCAGCACCAAAGCGAGCCAUGGUGCUGCUGACCCGGCCACGGGCGAAUCCAACGAUGGAAAGUGAAGGUGAUUCUGGCAACACUGGCAAUAUUGGCAACACUGGCAACACUGCUGCGCCGGAGACCGUGGUUUCAGGUGAGCCUGGUGAGACCGACAUGAACGGCGCCCGUUUCGCUGUCGCAGCCCUGCAGGGCUUCUGGGAGAGUCAGCGCGACCCAUCAGAGACCUAUAGCGUGCAUGGUUUGGACGUCACACGUCACCAGUGGCAGAAUUCCUCCAUGCAAAAGCGACCCUUCAGCUUGCGCUGGAACCCUACUAAGAGGUGCUUGGAGUGGGGUAGCGGCAAAUAUUUCUUGCAAGCGCCCUCCGCACUGCCCAUGAUGGAAGCCGUUUGGCUAGCGCGCGACGGGGGGCGCGGCUUCGCGUGGCGGAGGUGCAGCGCAGGCAAAGGAAAGGGCAAAGGUGGAAAGGGAAAAUCUCGAGCUGGUCUGCUCCUGGUGGACUUCGCUACUGCACUCACGACCAAACUCACGGCAUGCACCUGCAGCUGCUGUGAAGCGGGUCAGCAAUCCUUCCUCCGUGGCAGUUCAGUGGUGUGCACGCCACUCUUCACCAUCGCCGCCUCCAGCUGCCCGGGGGAAUGCAACGACCUCCAAGCCGCCACGGCCAUGGCGCUGCACCAUGCGGAGCUCAGCGAUGUCUCGGAAAGUGCCACGGACUACGCGCGGUUCUGCCUGCAGAGUUGUAGCCCACCCACGGCCAAGCAGAGCUUGUGCACCCCCAGCAUGCCACUGCCUUUGGAGUCCUCGCUGCUGAUCGAAGGUGCGCUGCCCGCCGCCCCAGCGCCCGCGCCUGCCAUGGCACCGUUGGCCGCGGCGCCGGCGAGCGCGGAGACCGGGACGCAGGUGGCGCAGGCAGAGGGUCAGAAGGCCUUCGCCAUGACACUGGAGGCCAAGGUGGCUCAGGCGGAGGCCAUGGCGGCCGCGGCCGAGGCGAAGGCCACAGCGAACCUGGAGCUGGCGCAGUCCCGUGGCACCUUGGCUGAGGAAAUCACCACGGAGCUGAAGGAGUCCGCAGCCCGGACCGGCGUCUACGCGCAGAGCGCGGCGGAAGCGGUGAAGAAAGCCGAGCAGGAACUGAAAGAGAUCCAGGAGGCCCCGCGGAUGGCCGGUCAAGAGGCCACCAAGGUGGCGAUUCGACAGCUGCAACAGCAAGAGGAUAUGAACCAAAAAGUGCUCGAGAAUUUCCAGGCCCAUGCGACAGCAACUCAGCCACCCAGCGCAGCGGCCGCCAACCAAGCUGCUGAGCCCUACAACGCAGCGAUCCGAGAGGCACAAAGGAAGCAAACCCUCUACGAAUCCCAGGCAUCGCAGUUGAGGGACCAGGCUGAGCAGUUGCAGGCGGGGGCUCAAUCUAUGGAGCAUCAAGUCGACGUCUACGCCAGCAACCCGGACUUGGCCAAAGUCAUCAAGGCGCAGUCGCACGACUUGUUGGUGAAGUCCCUCGAGAAGGAGACCGCGGCUGAGGAAGCCAUGGACGAGGCACGGCGAGUAGGACAGGCGGUUCCCAAAUACACCACCCAGGCGAACGCGGCUGUGGCACGCGCCUCGAUCAUGGGUUCCACGAAAUGGAUGCCUCCCAGCUUAGCCGUGCCAGCCGGUUUGGCUCCCGCUCCGGCAAUGGCCCCCGCACCAGCAGCCUAA